UGUACCUUUAGACGCUGCUGCUAGUAUAGUGGGCCAGCCAGCCGUUCCCCGCGCGAGAGAUCCCGGUUCAAAAGCGACAAGUUUGGUAUUUGGACCAGCUGACAAAUGUUAACGCGCGCCCGCAUUUGGCCGAGAUUCAACUCUCGCCUUCAAGAUCGCCGACAGGGGCUGAAAGUAACCCGGUCGUCUGAAUUUUCCUUCUCACACUAGAGGCAGCAGCUAGAGAACUUGACAGAAGGCAGUCAGAAAUCCCACGGUGAAGACCAGAGAGAGGAUACAGAGAGACUAAGAGAGAGAGAAAAGAAUGAUUGUUGUGAAUUGUUCCACAAGUUUACCAUAGGUGACUUUGGGGACCAGUCGUGGGCAGAACUGAUGCUAUGCUCUCGGCGCGUGAGGAGGCUGUACCUGACUGGGCACGACGACUAGACACGACGACGUGUUUAGGCGGGAAGCUGGUGAGACGUCGGCGUCGGGCCUAGCCUUCCCGAUCGGAGAGCGUCGCGCAUAUGAUGAGACGAGCAUGUAGACGGCACGGGCUUGGACUGGUCUGCAAGGCGCUCAAGGCUCUGCUUACCGCCGCUGCUUUGCUCAUGGUGUACACUUACGCUUGGGACAGGAAGAGCGCCGCGCCACAUCACCAUGCUCGGCGGGUCAAAUUCGCCGCCCUGCCCGUGGACGAGAAGUUCAUCAAGGAGCGGCUCGACCCGGAGCCGACCCGGGGGCUGGACUUGCGAGUACGUGCGGCCAUGCGGCGCGCCUCCUCCCCGAGCCGCCUCGGCGGGAACGCGUCACCCGUCAACAACGGGAGCGCGUGGUUGGCAUACGCGGCCCCGCGAGCCCCGAACGCCGCGAAGUUCAGCGUCAGAGCUAACAACAACAACGUAGUGGGGAUUGAAGAUAGACGGGAAGCUGUCGGAAACGAUACGCGUCUAGGCCGGGGGCGGUCUUCGCGACUAGCAGCAGAUCCGCCGCGGGCGCGGAUACCGAAACGCUGGAAUGUGCGAAACGACAACAGCAACAAGAACGGCAACGCUGUCAAAAAUGAUAAAAACGAGAGUAAUAAUGGGAAUAUUGGUUUUGGAGUACAGCAGGCGACUCCGGACGUCCAAGCACCAGGAGAACUGGGUCAGGGGGUGGUCCUGAGGAAUCUCUCCCCGCAGGAUCGCAAGCAGUUGGAGGAAGGGUACAAGAAAUACGCCUUCAACGAGUUCGCCAGCACCAAGAUCCCUCUGACCAGGACCAUCCCAGACGGAAGGCAUUGGCUUUGCAAAAGCAAGGAGUAUGACGUCAGCCGUCUUCCCGCCGUGAGUGUGAUCAUCUGUUUCCACAACGAGGCUUGGUCCACCCUGAUGCGGACGGUCCACAGCGUGCUGAGAACGGCCCCGUCCGAGCUGCUCACGGAAGUCAUCAUGGUGGACGACGACAGCCAAUAUGAUCAUCUAAAGGCUCAGCUGACGGAUUACGUUGCGGGGCUGCCGAAGGUGAAGCUGAUCCGGACCCACCAGCGGGAGGGCCUGAUCCGCGCGCGCCUACUGGGGGCGUCUCACGCCCGGGCUGACGUCCUGGUCUUCCUAGACUCUCACUGCGAGUGCAAUAUAGGAUGGUUAGAGCCUCUCUUGGAUCGCAUCGUGCAAAACCGGAGUCACGUGGUCACACCUGUCAUCGACGUCAUAGAUUUCAAAACAUUUGAAUAUCGCCAUCUUGCAAUCAUUCAGAGAGGAGGCUUUGACUGGAGACUCAUCUUCCGCUGGGAGAAAAUUCCCGCCAGUUACGAGAAGAGGAGAGGACUUUCCGUCGACCCGAUAUUAUCCCCCACCAUGGCAGGUGGUCUGUUCGCCAUUGACAAGGAGUACUUCCACCACCUGGGACUUUACGACACGGGCAUGGAGAUAUGGGGAGGGGAGAACCUGGAGCUAUCAUUCAGGAUCUGGCAGUGUGGCGGUACCCUGGAGAUCAUGCCGUGUUCUCGCGUGGGUCACGUGUUCCGGCAGCGCUUCCCGUACCAGACCAGCACAGAGGUCACGACCCGGAACCUGAUGAGGGUGGCGGAAGUUUGGAUGGACCAAUACAAGGAGUACUUCUACCAAAUCAGACAUAUCAAAAAGAAAUCCUUCGGUGACGUCACGGAACGACAGGAGUUGCGAAGGCGGCUGCAAUGCCGGGACUUCCACUGGUAUCUCAACACCAUCUAUCCGGAACUCAAGUUUCCUAAAGGACUCGGAGUCUUACAACAGUGACAGAGUAGAGAUUUCUUCACGUUAGGUCCGUAAUCAAAGUAAAAGCUCAUACCAACAAAAUUUCGACCAGUCGUCUUCUCACUGCUGGACACUUUUUACUGUAUGACAGAUUUUAGUACAUUUUCGCAGUAAAAACUCCAGGGGGUAUGUACAGCUACGGGUUGGUUAGCAUUUACCGAAUUUUAAAAUUUUUAAGUUCAGUAGACUGUCUCCACAUCUUGUAGAUCAAAACUGUAUUUUGGCAAAAUGGUACCUAGCCCCUAUUUUGAUCCGUUGCUGACGUCACUGUUCUGUUCAGGUCAUGUGACGUAGGGUUCUGGUCAUUUCAGUUUGAGAAGGGUCAAAGAACUGAUCGAAAUCUUGUUGGCAAUAGCUUUACUUUGCGUACGGAAAUAAUAUGUAAAAUCUCUAUAGUGAUUAUUACUGUCACAGAUGAAUUUCCAUUGGAAAACGGUGACAAGCUUAUGCUUCUUGAUAUCGAGCUAUUGCUCAAUAGACAAUUUUGACGAGUGCUGCUAUUUUGCAACGUUUAUAAUCGGGGGAAUUCUGGAUCAUAUGGGAUACAGAACGCUCAUUCACUGCUGGAUAUGUGUGACAUUCGAGCAGAACUCUGCUUCUGGUCAAGGAAAUUAUAGACUUUAUAGAGUCUAUAGUGUCUGGUCAAGGUGAUUAUACACUUUAUAAAGUCUACAGUGUCUGUCAUGAUAGAGACAUGUGUCAAUCACCAAAGACAAGGUAGAGGGCGCUUUUGUCAGUAAUCUUUCAACUACCGCCUAACAUGUAAAAACAUUAGCGUCGCCUAGCGGGAAUCUAUCUCAUCACACCUUUAGUUACAGGAACGUUGACAACAUCUUAAACAUGUUUUCAAUCCAAGGACAUAGAAAGGGCAUCGUAAGAUUGUCCCUUCUGCACACUAACACUACAAAAUCAACGGGCGUUUUGUGCAUUUGUAAUAAAGAUGUUCAGAUGUUCA